AUGUAUGUCUUGAAACCUGAAGAUAUGAGCACUGAAGAUGAUCAAGGAUACUCCGAUUCUCAAAAUUGUAAAAGGAAUACAAUUAAUAAUGAUAAUAAUGAGAAUUUCUCAAACUGCAUAUCAUCCACUGUUAACUCUUGUUCCUCUUCAAGUCCAGUUUAUCAUCAAACAUCGCUUAGAUCUACUAAUGAUUGUAUUAGUGUUAAAAUGUCAGAAUGUUGUUCCUCGGACAAUGCUAAUUCUGCAACAGCAUCUUUUGCAAAUGAUUCAUCAGCAUUUGUUUCAAUGGGAUUCUCUGUUGCUCUUAAAGCUCCUGAUUCUUCGUCCUCAUCCGCUUUUUCAUCAUCUUCCACUUCACCACCUGUUGUCACAUGCACAAGCGUUGUCAAUUUGCCCACUUGUAAUUCUACUAUGGUUGAUCACAAUCUUUCUCAUUUACCUACCUAUCCAAUGAAUUCAACAAAGGUGUGA